UCUAAUCUUACGUCUCCACAAGCUGCUUUACGGUAACUCGGUCAGUACACUGCUGGGUCUGGGGAAGGUUAAAGUGAACCUGAAUACCACGAACCAUGCCUUUUGUUGACCUCCAGUCUAAGCUGGGAAUUAACCUGGACCAGUGGAUCCUAGCCCAGAGUGGGGAGCAGCCACACAAGCGAGCUUCACGCUGCCAUGCCUUUGAGAAGGAGUGGAUAGAGUGUGCACAUGGCAUCGGUCAGACCCGUGCUAAAAAGGAAUGCAAGCUGGAGUUUGAAGAUUUUUAUGAGUGCAUGCACAGACAAAAGACGCACCAACGCCUGUAUGAGAUUCGGAAGCAGAGGGAAAAGCUGAUUAAAGAGGGCACAUACACGCCUCCUCCACAUCAUUCUGGCAACGAAGAAGCCCGACCAUGAACUCGGCCACAAUCGAUGGAACACUCAGCUCUCUGCUCUUUGCCAGCCACACUGUAGUACUCACCAUUGUUGUAAUAUUUGUUUCUGUUCCCUUAAAAGUUUAAUAAAAACUCUUGCUCAUGGUA